AUGUCUUUAAAUUUCCCAAUUGAAAAUCUCUUUGAAUGGUUGAGAACUUUCAACAUAGCAACAAAUGUUUAUUCUAUACAUAAUGUUACGGAUGGGAUUGUAUUAGGUAAAGUUUUGCAUACCAUUGCUCCAAAUCAUUUCACUGAUGAAUGGUUGCAAACACUAAAUUAUGAUGCUGAGAUCAACUGGAGACUGAAGGUCAGUAAUCUUAAGAAGAUAUUGAAAGCUGUUAUUGAAUUUUUAAAUGAGGGAAUUGAAGAUAGGAUAUCUGUUCAAUUCUUACCAAAUCUACAAGAAAUUGCUGAACAUGAAAAUGAAGAGUCAACAUUUCGUUUAUUACAAUUAAUACUUGCGUGCGCUGUAAAUUGUGAUAAUAAACAAACUUAUAUUCAAACAAUUAUGGGGAUGGAAGAAACCGUGCAACAAGCAAUAAUGGAAGCGAUCCAACAAUUAAUGUCGACUCGUUUAAGCAUCAGUGAUACUAUGGAUUAUGAAGAUCGUUUAUGUAAGACAGUGGAACAAUACAAAGUUUUACUAGUAGAAAAAGAGAAAUUGGCUGAACAAUGUAAAAAUCUUCAGGAAGAAGUAAUAAAUCUACAAGAAGAAAAGUCCAAUCAACAAUCUGAAUUAAAUCGAUUUAAAAUUUAUUUCAAUUCAUUGGGUUUAAAUCCAGCGAUAUUGGCGACAACAACAACAACAGCAAUAAUUCCUCAAUCCUCUCCAACAUCUUCAAUAGUUACAACUACAACAGGAAUUGAAUCCAUGGAAACUAACUUGAAUUCAAUCAAUUCAGAAUUAUUAAAUCAAUCUGCUAGUAGUUCAAUUUCAGCGAAUCCUUGUAGUAAUAAUGUACUAAUGAGUCCAACUAUAGCUAAUUUACGUAUAAAUCAUUUACAAAAUCAAUUAAGUAAAUUACGUGAUGAACUAUAUAGAACUGAAUGUGAUAAAGAAGAAUUAAAAAUCCAACUCACUGAAGUCACUUUACAAAAUCAGGAAUUAAAACAAAAAUGUACUAUUUUAACUGCAAAAGCAGAAGAAAGUAUUCAUUUAAAAGAUGAAUUAGAUAUUGCUCGUGAAGAAGCAUCUAAUGUAUUACGUUUAACUACAACUAUUGAACAAUUACGUAAACAUGCUGAUGAAGCAAUUAGUUUACGUUUACGUUGUACACAAUUAGAAAAUGAUAAUCAAAUUUGUAUACAACGUUUAAGUGAAUUAGAACAAGAAACACGUUUAGAUGGGAAUAUACGAUCAAAAGUAAAAGCUCAAGCACGUUUACAAGUGGAAGAUGCACAAUUCUUGGCAAAUGAAGCAAUAAAACGUGCUGAAUUAGCUGAAGAAAAUUUAUUGAAGAUUCGACAAGAAUUAAUGAAUGUAAAUCGUGAAAAAGAGUGUAUCUUCUCUGAACUUACACGUCUUAAAUCUUGUUGUGAAGGUCUUCAAUCAUGUGCACAAACAACAAAUUAUGGUACAUCAGCAAUAGAAUCACAAAUGUUAAAUUUACAAGAAGAACUAUGUCGUUUACGUACAUCAAUGUAUGUUAGUGAUGUGAGUAAUAGUAACCGUAUGAACGAAGUUGGCGGUGAUAUCACUACUAUGAGUACUGCUAAUACUACUACUGCUGGUAAAUUAGACAAUGACACUGGUUUUGUUGAUGAUAAUGAUUUUCAUCGUUUCAGUAUGUCUUUAACAUCACAACAGAAACUGAAUACUGAUGAUGUUUGCAAUGAUUGUAAUUCAUUACCUGUCAAUGAUAAUGACUCUUCUAGUACACAUAUUGUACAAACGUCAUCCAUAAAUUCUUAUCAUAUUCCUGUGGAUAAAGAUAUGUCCAGUUCACCUGCUGCUGCUACUACUACUACUACUACAAUGUUAUAUACAAAUUUAAUGACAAAGUUAGCACAGAAAGAAGCAGAUUUCAUUGAAAUGGAACAAAAAUAUCGUGGUUAUUUAUGGAAAGCACGUGAAGUGAUUCGAUUAUUAGAACGUCAAUAUCGACAACAUCAACAUGAUUGUCCACAAUAUAAAGAGAAACUAAUGAUUGAUACACACAACAGUACUGAUACUACUAACAGUAAUAUAAGUAAUGAUAAGCUUAAUGAAGAGAUUAAUCAUUUACGUGCAUUAUUAGUUGAAAAAGAACGUGUUAUUGAGAAAUUAGAGACUCAUCAUGAACAAAUGAGACGUCAUCGUGAAGCGGAAGAACGAAUCCUUCUAGCUGCAUGGUAUAAUUUAGUAAUUAAAUCAACUAAAAAUAAAAUUGAAUCUAAUCUAAAACAAAAUUAUGAUGGUUCUCCUGAAAAAUUAAGUAGUAUAUCAUGUAAUAAAGAAAAUAAUUUAUCCUUCUUAACUAGACAACGAAAUAUUCAUUUGAAACCACCCACUGAUUUAACUUCACUGGUCAUGGCAACCAAAUAG